AUGACAGACAUUCAGAAGCUGCUUAAUGAAGCUGGCGCUGUCGGACUUUCCCCAGACGAUGUUCCCAGAGAUGGCACUGGUGUUGUCAAACUCGAUCCCUGGUUAGAGCCAUUUAGUGAAGCUCUGAAGCGGAGAUAUGCCAGAUCCCAUGAUUGGAUCAACAGAAUUAAAACCACUGAAGGAGGACUAGAGAAAUUUGCCAAGGGCUAUGAAAAUUUCGGCCUAAAUGCGAGUAAGGACAAUACCAUCACAUAUCGAGAAUGGGCUCCCAAUGCUGUGGAGGCAUCACUUGUAGGAGAGUUCAAUAAUUGGGACAUCACUUCCCAUUUGAUGAGGAAAAAUGACUUUGGGGUUUUCGAGAUCGUCCUUCCACCCAAGGAGGGCCGUCCAGCGAUACCGCACAAUUCAAAAAUAAAGAUAUCGCUGAAGCUGCCUACUGGAGAGAGGGUAGACCGACUUCCGGCUUGGAUCAAGUACGUCACUCAGGAUCUCAGCGUGUCUCCAGCAUAUGAAGCACGAUUCUGGAACCCACCAUCCCAUGAGAAGUAUACCUUUAAGCACGCAAGACCGUCCAAGCCAAAAAGCGCUCGUGUGUAUGAGGCCCAUGUUGGAAUAUCCACACCUGAUCAAAGAGUGGCGACUUACAAAGAAUUCACAAAGAAUAUGCUCCCCAGGAUAAAUGACCUUGGGUACAAUGUGAUACAACUGAUGGCUGUUAUGGAGCAUGCAUACUACGCAUCGUUUGGCUACCAAGUUAACAAUUUCUUCGCAGCCAGCAGUCGUUACGGACCCCCUGAAGAUCUCAAGGAGUUGGUUGACACGGCACAUGGCAUGGGAAUAACUGUGUUGUUGGAUGUCGUACAUAGCCAUGCCUCGAAGAAUGUAUUGGAUGGCAUAAACGAAUUUGACGGAACAGAUCACCAAUAUUUCCAUGGUGGUGGUAAAGGGCGCCACGACCAAUGGGACAGCCGGCUAUUUAAUUAUGGACACCACGAAGUGCUCCGGUUCCUUCUCAGUAACUUGCACUUUUGGAUGGAAGAGUACCGGUUCGAUGGGUUUAGGUUCGACGGCGUAACCAGCAUGCUCUACGUUCAUCAUGGUAUUGGCACAGGCUUCUCAGGUGGCUAUCACGAAUACUUUGGAGCUGAAGUUGAUGAGGAGGCUGUAGUUUACCUCAUGGUUGCUAACGAAAUGUUGCACUCUUUAUUUCCUGAGUGUAUCACGAUAGCAGAAGAUGUAUCUGGCAUGCCCGCUCUCUGUUUGCCACUUGUGCUCGGCGGUGUUGGCUUCGAUUAUCGUUUGGCAAUGGCCGUCCCCGACAUGUGGAUCAAGAUUCUAAAAGAGCUGAAAGACGAGCAGUGGGACAUUGGAAAUAUUUGCUUUACGCUCACAAAUCGACGACACGGAGAGAAGACAAUUGCCUAUUGCGAGAGUCAUGAUCAAGCCCUGGUUGGUGACAAGACUCUCAUGAUGCAUCUCUGUGACGCAGAAAUGUACACAAACAUGUCGGUUCUGUCGCCACUGACGCCUGUAAUUGAAAGAGGCAUGUCCCUUCACAAAAUGAUUCGGCUGGUAACUCAUGGCCUGGGCGGUGAAGGAUAUUUGAAUUUUGAAGGAAACGAGUUUGGCCAUCCAGAGUGGCUCGACUUUCCCAGGGAAGGGAAUAACAAUUCUUUUUGGUAUGCUCGUCGCCAGCUAAACCUGACAGAAGACGAUUUACUACGAUACCAGUAUCUGAAUAACUUCGAUCGAUCAAUGAAUCAAUGCGAAGCCAAGUACGGGUGGCUUAGUUCCCCUCAAGCCUUCAUUUCUCUCAAACACGAAGGCGACAAGGUCAUUGUCUUCGAGCGAGCAGGAUUGGUAUUCAUUUUCAACUUCCACCAUUCCGAGAGCUUCGCCGACUACCGCAUUGGUGUUGAGGAUGCAGGCACGUAUUCUAUCGUUCUCGACACUGAUUCCAAGGAAGCUGGAGGAUUCGGCCGCGUGGAUGAGAGCACACGCUUCUUUACGACUCCGAUGGAAUGGAACGGAAGGAAGAAUUGGACCCAAGUGUAUAUUCCUUGCCGCACAGCCAUGUCGUCCGCUUCCGAGCAAAACUGCUCACUCUGCAAAUUCUCCCCCAGUUCCAACCAAUCUCUCUCCACUCCCAUAUCUGAUCGCUCUCUGCCAUCUGGGAAGAUGUUCAAGAGCGGCAUUUCCUCCUUCGCCAGGGCGUCUCGCCCGACCUUUUCGGCCGCCGCUUCGCGACGUGCCCUCAAGCCUGCCGCUCUCCGAUUCCCCCUGAACAGCAGAUAUGCUAGUUCUGCCAGUGUUGGAGUUGGCAAAAUUCACCAGGUCAUUGGUGCCGUCGUCGAUGUCAAGUUCGACACCGCCAAGCUGCCUGCUAUUCUGAACUCUCUCGAGACCGAUAACAAUGGCCAGAAGCUCGUCCUUGAGGUCGCUCAACACCUGGGUGAGAAUGUUGUCCGCUGUAUUGCCAUGGAUGGUACCGAGGGUCUCGUCCGAGGCCGUGAGGCCGCUGAUACCGGUGCUCCCAUCACCAUUCCCGUCGGUCCUGCUACCCUUGGUCGUAUCAUCAACGUCACCGGUGAUCCCAUUGACGAGCGCGGUCCCAUCAAGACUGACAAGUUCCUGCCCAUCCAUUCUGAUCCCCCGGAGUUCAUUGACCAGUCUACCUCCGCUGAGAUUCUCGUCACUGGUAUCAAGGUUGUCGAUCUUCUUGCCCCUUACGCCCGUGGUGGAAAGAUUGGUCUCUUCGGUGGUGCCGGUGUCGGCAAGACUGUCUUCAUUCAGGAGCUUAUCAACAACAUCGCCAAGGCCCACGGUGGUUACUCCGUCUUCACUGGUGUCGGUGAGCGAACUCGUGAGGGUAACGAUCUUUACCACGAAAUGCAGGAAACCUCUGUCAUUCAGCUCGAUGGCGAAUCCAAGGUCGCCCUGGUGUUCGGUCAGAUGAACGAGCCCCCUGGUGCCCGUGCCCGUGUCGCCCUGACUGGUUUGACCAUUGCUGAGUACUUCCGUGACCAGGAGGGCCAGGAUGUCCUGCUCUUCAUUGACAACAUUUUCCGAUUUACUCAAGCCGGAUCUGAGGUGUCUGCCUUGCUGGGUCGUAUUCCCUCUGCCGUCGGUUACCAGCCCACUCUUGCCGUCGAUAUGGGUGGUAUGCAGGAGCGUAUUACCACCACCAAGAAGGGUUCCAUUACUUCCGUCCAGGCCGUCUACGUCCCCGCUGACGAUUUGACUGAUCCUGCCCCGGCCACCACCUUUGCUCACUUGGACGCCACUACUGUGUUGUCCCGUGGCAUUUCUGAGUUGGGCAUCUACCCUGCUGUCGACCCUCUCGACUCUACUUCCCGUAUGCUUGAUCCCCGUAUCGUCGGUGAGGAGCACUACAACACCGCAACUCGUGUCCAGCAGAUCCUUCAGGAAUACAAGUCCCUGCAGGAUAUCAUUGCUAUUCUGGGUAUGGACGAAUUGUCUGAGGCUGAUAAGCUCACUGUCGAGCGUGCCCGUAAGAUCCAGCGUUUCCUUAGCCAGCCUUUCACUGUUGCUCAGGUCUUCACUGGUAUCGAGGGUAAGCUGGUCGACCUCAAGGAGACUAUUGCUUCUUUCAAGGCUAUUCUGAGCGGUGAGGGUGACAGCCUUCCCGAGGGUGCCUUCUACAUGGUUGGUGAUCUUGCCUCCGCCAAGGAGAAGGGUGCGAAGAUUCUUGCGGACUUGGAGAAGAACUAG